AUGGAAAAACAAAAUCACUCCAUGAUGUCUGAAUUUAUUCUUCUGGGACUCACAGAGUCUCGUGAAUUGCAGAUUUUCUUUUUCUUAAUUUUUACCAUUAUCUAUAUAGCCAUUGUGCUAGGUAACCUCAUCAUUAUCUUCAUGGUGAAAAUGGACCCUCUGUUGCACUCGCCUAUGUAUUUCCUGCUGGCUAACCUCUCUUUUUAUGAUAUGUCCUUAGCCUCUUUUGCUACUCCUAAGAUGAUUUAUGACUUAAUCAAUGACUAUAAGAUCAUCUCCUAUCAAGGAUGCAUGACUCAGAUGUUCUUUCUUCACCUUUUAGGUGGAAGUGAGAUGAUGUUGCUUGUUGCCAUGGCAAUCGACAGAUACAUUGCCAUAUGCAAACCCCUCCACUACAGAAAUAUUGUGAGCAAUCAUGUGUGCAUCGGACUUGUUCUUGGCUCCUGGUCCACUGGCUUUGUACACACUAUUAGCCAAAUGGUUUACACUGUGACUUUGCCAUUUUGUGGUCCAAAUGUUGUGGAUAGCUUCUUUUGUGAUCUGCCCCAGGUAAUUAAACUUGCCUGCACUGACACUGAUAUUUUGGAGUUUUUAGUCAUUGCAGAGAGUGGACUACUCUCUUUGCUCUGUUUCAUCCUUCUGUUCAUAUCCUAUUGCAUCAUCCUGAUUACUGUCCAGCAUCGAUCCUCCAGGGGUUCUUCCAAGGCUUUAUCUACUCUUUCAGCCCACAUUACAGUGGUUAUGGUGUUCUUUGGACCUUGCAUAUUUAUUUAUGUGUGGCCAUUCAGCAGUAUCUCAAUUGAUAAAAUUCUCUCUGUAUUUUAUACAGUAUUUACUCCCCUUUUAAAUCCAAUCAUCUACACAUUCAGGAAUAAAGAUAUGAAGAAAGCAUUACAAAACUUAAAAUCUAUGUUGGUUCAAGAUCAAUCUUUUAACUAA